AUGGUUUCUCAGACUCCUUUCCGCGCCGCGGAGUACCGCAGCCCCUAUGGCCCCAAAUACGCUUUCCAGCCCAACUACCGCGGCAUCAACCUCCAGACCGCUGUUCGAUACGGCGUGCGAACUGCCACCAUCGGCGGCGGCCUCGGCGUUGCCCUGCUGCUCUUCGCCUCCAGCCUGCCCCGUGUCCGCGCCGACAUUCUCUCAAAACUCCCUGUUGUCGGCAAGGUCUUUGAGAAGCAGGAGCCUCACCCCGCUGACAACCCCUUCUAAAUGUAC